AUGGAGCACAAAAGAUUCCCCAGCAUUAAGAGGGGGCACAGGGAUUUUAAACUCAAUAAGGCAGCCAAAUCCCUUGUCCUAAGCGUACCGCUUGCUAGAUCCAAGACUCUCGGUCGAAAAAGAACCAAAAAUGAUGACCAGAUAAGUCCGAACAACCACCCUGAUUCGGAUGAUGAAGACAAUAGCAAAGACUUGGGGAAAUUGAAAAUGGGGAGAUCUGUCAUUUCCUUAUUAACAACAACAAGCAUGUAUUCGGAAUUCAACAAGUUUAAUGAUAAUGAAUAUAUACCACCCAAUGAACAGAAUGUCGAUGAUAAGGAGGUUGAAAACGAAGAUGACUCCGAUGAAUAUAGUGAUGCUGUUGAUGAUAAGGUUGAUGAAACCUCUCGGAAUGAGACAUUGAAGAGACUAUCUCACCUCAACUUGUCUUUGGAUCCUGCUCACUCUCUGUCAGAUACGAAAUCAUCAGGCAGUAAACACAUUCAAGAGACCCAUGGCGCAUCGCCUUUGGAGAUAUCGAUAAUGAAGUCUCUUGAAUCAAAGCGCCAAGUCAUCUGUGGUGUGCAGUCUUCCAAAAUCAUUUCAUCAAACAAGAAUAUCAAUACUAGAGCAGCGGCACUUUGCAACAAGCUCAUCUCUACCUUCGGUGUGAGCGAAAGUGAUGAAUUGGUUGAUGACCACUCUUGUUGGCUCCUUAGAGAUGUUCUUUUGCAAGGCCAUCUUUACAUCACCAAGGAAUACUUAUUAUUUUUUGCUUACUUACCAAACCACUUUAAUAAUACUAAUCAGAAUGAAGCUUUGCAAGAAGAGAAGCAAAUAAUGAGUGGUAAUUUGUCUACCAAGACUUCUAUUGGUAGCAAAUAUCAAAGAUAUUGGUGUAUUUUGAAAGGAUCAUUAUUUUCAGUGUACAAUAGCUCCACAGAUUUGUACUUCCCAUUGUUAAGCAUUGAUUUGAGAUAUGUAUUGAAAGUUGAGAUUGUUGAAACCGAGAAGAGCACUGGUAUUGCACAUACUGCCAUAACAAAAAUUGCAAGUUUGACUCACCAUGAAAAUAAUGAUGAGCUCGUAAGGAAAAAUCUGACCGUUAGUGCUGCCUCUGAUGUCAAAGGAGACUCUUUUCUCAAUAAGAUAAGGACAAGGAGUGAUACAUUGGGAUCAGUACUUGAAACAAAACCUCAAAAAAUUAGGAUUUUAACUGAAAACAAAACUUAUAUGUUUUCUGCUGAUAAUUUGACAUCUGCAACUACUUGGGUUUCUAGUAUCAAGACACAAAUCUUUGCUUUGAAGAAUAAGGAUGAUAAAGUUACCAUUAAGUUACCAUUAUCAAAUCUUGUUGAUUUGGAAGUUAACCCGAUUUUUGAAAAUGCUGAAAAUAUUAGGGUUAAAGUUUUGGAAAACUCUGACAGUUUUGCAUUAGAUGAUUAUUUCUUCUUGUUCUUUAGCUCUUGUGCGAAAGCUGUCGAAAGCAUUAAUAAUGCAUUGGAACUCAAUAAAGAGCACAUCAACCAAGCUGAUGACGGGUACGUCAAUCGUCAUGAGAAAAAUAGUAUAUCUGAUAAUUAUGUGCCUGUAGAAUCCAUCCGUGAGGCUGAAAGUAUUGUUUCGAGCCCAUUAUCUGAUGAUGAAUUUGAUGAUGAUAUUGCUACCGGCACUGAUGCUCCAAAUAAGAUCUCCAGAACAAAAACCAACUUACUCGUCGCAAACAAGGCACUUAAAGUUCUCAAUCCAAGGAAUAUAGUGAAAAAUGUUAUCGGUCAAACGAUUCAUAAUGGUAUUGAAAUGUGGUCUAGCAAUCCAACACAUUAUGAGGAUCUCAAUUCACUUGAAAGGGGUUCGGAAGAUCCAUAUUUCGUCAGCUCUGAUGAAGAAAGAAGCAGUGCUGCUGUCAGAUUCAGAAAGUAUUUUGCGCUCCCAGAUUCAGAAAAAUUAAUCGCCACCUAUUAUGCCUACUUGCAACGUAAUAUCCCAUUAUAUGGUAAGAUUUAUCUUGGUUCGAAUAAAAUUUGUUUUAGAAGUUUGAUACCAGGUGUUUACACCAAGAUGAUUUUACCGCUUUGUGACGUUGAGACCUGUUAUAAGGAAAAGAAUUUCAGUUUUGGGUACAGUGGUUUGGUUGUGGUCAUCAAAGGACACGAGGAAUUAUUUUUUGAAUUUAGCACCAAUGAUAGCAGAGAUGAUUGCGAAUAUUUGUUGUUGAAGCAAUUAGAUCUCUUCAAGGGGCAUACUAAUGAUGGCAAAGCCAUUGAGCUACUUGAUGAGAGUGUGAAGCUAUCUAGCUCAUCAAACAAUCUCAUUGAAGCAGAAGAUAUCAAAAAGAAUAAAGAAAAAAUAAACUUGGAAACCGGAGUGCAAGUCCCAAUCAUCAUUAAGGAUUUUACGUUUGCUAGUCCCAACAUGAAGCCGAAGAGAACUUUCAAAAUAACUUGCUUAACUAUUGGUUCUCGUGGUGAUGUACAGCCAUACUUAGCACUUUGCAAAAAGUUAAUUGAACAAGGGCAUAGUCCAAGAAUAGCCACCCAUGGUGAAUUUAAAGAGGUAGUUGAAAAACACGGUAUUGAAUUCUGUGAGAUUGCGGGAAGUCCGACAGAAUUGAUGUCAUUUAUGGGCAAUCAUAGCACCAUCAGUGUUUCUUUCCUCAAAGAUGCAAAAAGCAAAUUUAGCAAAUGGAUUGAUGAGCUAUUGGAGACUUCUUGGAAAGCUUGUCAGGGCUCUGAGAUUUUGAUUGAAUCGCCAUCUGCUAUGGCCGGUAUUCAUAUAGCAGAAGCUUUGGAUAUUCCUUAUUUCAGAGCUUUCACAAUGCCGUGGACGCGAACAAGAGCAUAUCCUCACGCUUUUAUUGUCCCUGAACUGAAAAGAGGUGGUAGUUAUAAUUAUUUCACUCAUGUUAUGUUUGAGAAUGUUUUCUGGAAAGGUAUUUCUGGUCAAGUUAACAAGUGGCGUCAAAGCACUUUGGGAUUAGCCAAAACUGAUUUAUACCAGUUACAACAAAACAAGGUUCCCUUCUUGUAUAACAUUUCUCCGACCGUUUUUCCACCUUCUGUUGAUUUUCCAGACUGGAUAACAGUCACUGGUUAUUGGUUUUUGGAUGAGAAGGACAACUACACUCCACCAAAAGAGCUCGUGGAAUUCAUAGCUAAUGCAAAAAGGGAUAAGAAGAAGAUUGUUUAUAUUGGUUUUGGAUCAAUUGUGGUUUCUGACGCCAAAGAAUUGACGGAAGCAAUAAUAGAUGCUGUUAGGAAGGCUGAUGUCAGAUGUAUUUUGAACAAAGGUUGGUCUAAUAGACUAGAUGGAGACAAGGAAUUGGAGAUUGAUUUACCUCCUGAGGUGUACAAUUCUGGCUCAAUUCCUCAUGAUUGGCUCUUUUCUCAUAUUGACGCUGCAGUACAUCACGGUGGAAGUGGUACUACUGGUAGUAGUUUGAGAGCUGGAUUACCUAUUAUUAUCAAACCAUUCUUUGGUGAUCAAUUUUUCUAUGCACAUAGAAUUGAGGACAUGAACGUUGGUGUCUAUUUAAAGAAAUUGAAUAAAGAAUCAUUGGCAAAUGCAAUUAAGAAGGUGACCACUGACUCAAGAAUCAUUGAAAAGGCAAAAGCUAUUGGUGCCAAAAUCCGGGCAGAAAAGGGAGUUGAAACUGCAGUAGAAAGUAUUUACAGCCAAUUGGAUUACAGUCAGCGGUUGAUUAGUAAUAAGUUGAGGGCUUCUAAAUUACGCCAAUCUGAACCACAAUCUUCUUCAUUAGUUAAGGGUACAGAGAAUGCCAUAGAGGAUAUUGAUGACUUAUUAAAUGAUAAAACCAGAAGUCCCAAAAGCCAUCAUAGCAGAAAUAGUUCACGAAGUAGUAAUGAGCAUAGUCCUAGAACUCGUCGAGUCUCUAACAGUUCUUGGCUUCUAUUAUAG